GUAUCCAAAAGAAGAUGUGAUGUUCGAAAUUUCCACCUACAACCUAUCUUGUGACUUACAGAGUGCUAUUUCAAGCAUACACACUUGGGUAAUCGAAGAUCGACUUGUAGGUUACUUAAUUUUAUGAGUAUUUUUCGAUAAUCAUUAAUCUGUGUGUAGACAUUAUCAAAGUUGAUCUCUUCAGACUUUGUAAUGCAGUUGAAGAAACACGCAACUUACUUCUGCUGCCAAGCCCUGCUAAGGCAACCGUUCAACUGUUUCUGACAGUCAAUGUAAUUGUGUUAUUAUGGCUUACUUUCACAAUAUUCUGCCUUUACGAUAUAAUUUAUCAUUUGAUAUCCAGAGCACAGCUAUUUGAUAUUUUAUCAGUGCUGUUGAAUGUCAGGUAUACAUAAUUGAUUCAAGAAAACCAAAUUGACUUUGAUAUCUUGAAGACAAUGAUAAUGAGUUAUUUUUUUUCACAACAUUUGGCGCUAUGGACAUACAUUUGAAAUUUCAUAAGACAAAGAAGUGCAUUUUAUUUGGCGAAUUUUUUUGCAUAAUUUCACAUCACAAUGUUCCAUGGGAAUUUUCUGAUCAAUACGAAGCCCUGAUAAGGGCAUGUAAUUGCAGGAUUGUGGGAGGUGGAUACCUCACAUACAAUACCAGAAAUUGCGCACUUUGCAUUUGUGAAACCUGAAUAUCCUUGUAUAUUAUUGUCUUGCGCUGGAUGACCAGCAACAAUGUAUGACAACAGUGAAAUUUGAUACAAGUGAGAAGGUUUGAUCUUACAACAUAUUAGAAAUAUGCACUUGUGUGGCAUAAAUGUAAGCCCCAAGCAUGGUAGAAUGUUUACUAGGAAGUUUAGUAAUAAGCUAGCUCAAUGUUAUCAUUAACAAUAAGUCGUAAUAAGCACCUGACGCAAGUAUCUUGUGCAAAAAAUUUUUCAUAACAUUGGUAGGAACUUUCAAAAAUUCUAGAUAGUUAUUUUAGUGUACAAAUAUCUUUUGAGCAACUUUUUUAUUUCAGAAUAACAUUCACUAUCACAAGUGAUUUGAUAAACCGCUUAUCACAAGAAUGGAGGAACCAAAAAUUGAGAGCAUUGAUCGGACUGCAGAGGACUCCGAGGCACUUGAAAAUGAACAACUUGAUCCUGUUUCAUCAGAAAUUGAAUCAGAAUCCUACGAAGCAACAGAACGGAUAAAAACUAGCUCUGGAGAUAUCUUGAUUGUGCCUGUCACAAUCGCAAGCACAAAGACCCAGAUUACAACCAAACUAUUGCCUACUUCGAUGGCUGAUAAUGGUAUCCUGUCAGAUUGUCCGGUCAGAAGUUGUAAUCCGAAUGACCUAGUUGAUGAUAAAGACUUGAAUGACGAGAGAGCCAAAGUAGUCAUCAAAACAUCAUCCAGUCAGGAGAUAACAAUACCUAACAUUACUGAACCAGAAGAAAUAGUACAUAGAAUAGAGAAACAAAAUAUUCUUGCAGAGGGUAACACCAAUGAGUUAGCAGAAGAGAAGAACAAGAUGAGAGAAGAGGAAGUAGUUCACGAAUCUUGUGAUCCAGGCACAUUGAGUAUUGUCGAAGAAAUUGUUGAGACUACUAAGCCGACAUAUGUGCAAAUUCAAGAACAAGAAAGUGAAGAUGGAUUUGUUACAAAACAUUUAGUAUUGCUGCAUGUGAAUGAUGAUGAUGAUGAUGCUGAUGACCAUGACCACGAUGCAGUCAUCAACGUGGUUGGAGAUGAUAUACGAGAGCCAGAUCUUGAUGAGACCCCUGAAAAUGAUGUUAAUAGAGAUAAAUCGAACAGCAGAGUAGUAUUGGGGUCUGAGGAUAAGUAUAUUGAAGAAGACAGACAAGCUUCAGGAAUGAUUGAAAUAAAAGAUCAUGAGAUAGAAGCUAGCAAUGAUGAUACAGAAAAUGCAGAGAUUGGUCAAGAGAUAGAAGUUGAGGUAACCGAAAGUGAAGUGGAUGUUGCAAUUGAGACAGUCGUCAUGGAAGCUGAUACAAGUUUGGCAAUAAAAUCAGAAAAUCAGAAGAGUGUUAUACAGGAAAUUGUGGAUGAUUGGAUUGACGAUACUAACGAAGACCUAUCUGAACCUAAAAACAAUUGCAGUGAUGUACACGACUCUGUUGAAACUGAGCUCAAAUCUCUCUUAGCUGAAGAUAAACCUGACAAAAAUGAUAAAGUAACUAGGAAGGUCGACAAAGUUCCUAAACAUGACACUAAAUCAGCAAAGAAAACUUAUAAGCUUGUAAAAGUCCAGAACUUUGUGAAAACGCGACGCAAUUUAGGAUCCACCAAAGAACAUGUCAAUGGUGUGGAAAAAAAUCGAGAGGCCAGAAAAAGUGGAGUAUCAAGUGACGAAAAUAUAUCAUCCAAGACAUCUGAAGCAGUACCAAAGUAUAUACCGCCACAUUACCUCGGUAGAUCAUUGUCUAAUCCGACCCAGGAUACAGCAGUUAGUAAACAGAAACUACAGGUUCCACGACCUGGAGUAAAAAUACCUGCUCGUCAUUUGAUGAGUAGAAUUGCCUCGUCAGCUGAGGUUACAGAAGUUUUAAAAGAGCGUAUAAAACAGAAACAAAAGGAGAUUACACUUCCAAAAGGUGGCGAUGUCUUAUUUGUGAAAAAAAUUACGCAACGGUUGUCGAGCAAACUGUGCGCUGCUUCUAGUCUGGAUGUUUCACCUGAAAAAGAUUCAUUACUGUUAGUAGCCAAUGCAUCUUCUGGAAAUACCCCUAAUAAUUCAGCCAAAGAGAAAAUCAUGGAUGAGGCAGAAAAGAUUGAAACUGCCGACAAUACAGAAUUACUCGCGAUUUUAGAAGGUGACGUGGAUCCUGACUGGUCCAUUCUGAAGCCUCAUACGAUAGUUGAAGCUGAUAAGAGUACUGAACCAACCACAGCACCUGACACAUCUGUGAAAUUUGAUCCGGUGCAGGAACGAGAGCUAGCACUAAAGCAGCUUCUCGAACUCCCAGCAACAUCCAACAAAAAAGGCAAGAAACGGAAGACAUUCAAUCCUGCGCCAAGUAAGGUAUCAACCAGUACCAAAAUCAAAGGAAAUGUUGAUUGCACAAAGACAAUUUUGCCAGCCUCUGAUGCAUUUGAUGAAGAUUCUAUGCCCCAGGCUGAUGUAGGGCUCAGAAUGGCAGAAAUAGGAAUUGAUGAUGAAGAAGCUCACUUGGAAGAAUCACGGUCUGGCAGAAAGCGGAAACCCACUGAGAAAGCUCGGGAACAUGAGCAAAAUUCAACAAAAAAGCAGAAAGUGUAUAAAGGCAAAGUAAAUGUGAGCAAAAAAUCUUUAAAAGUCCAAGCGCUGUCUGCCGUUUCUUUAGACGAACCUCUAGAACCCAAGAUUCAUCCAGUAGUCGCUGAUCCAGUGUCUGUAAAUCCCAAGCUUGCAGCGAAAAAUAUUUUAUCAAAAGUUGAUUCGACUAAGAAUCGAAUAUAUCAAUCCAAAUCGCAGAAAAUAGGAAAGAAGGUGACACAGAAUAUGGUCAAGCGUAAUAUACCAGGGAAAAAAUUGCUCCGGCAGAAACCUUCGACUAAUGUUCCAAAUCCAAAGACUGUUCAGAUGAAAUCCAAGUUUAUGUCCUCUGUGAAAAAUUAUCGGAAUACGAUGAAAAAAAAGGUUCAGAAGCAGUUGCUCGACAUGUCUUCAAGUGACGUAAAACCGAAAAAAAAAACAAAUGAAAUUGACAAACUCCUCCAGGAUGAAGGCGUUGUCAAUCUGUUAUAUGACGUUGAGCAGCCUGAGAGAAAACGGUUGAUCCCUAUCACUAAGUCUCAAACAAAAGUGAUGGAUUUACACAAGGUUCAACGCGAACUAAAAAUCAGAACUAAACUGGUACGAAAUGCUGUCUUAAGGCUUCGUACAUCAGGUGGGAGUUCAACGAAAAUAUCACCAAGGUCAAAGCGAACUUUAACGCAUAUUUCUGGUCCCAAUGAGAAUCGGGAAAACGAACGCAAUAAAUCAACCCGAUCCUCAAUAUCGUCACCAACUGAUUUCAUUUAUCCAGCAAAAAUUAGAAAUGCUGCAGACGCUUCAGUUAUUGUUAGAAGGCAUUCCUCUAGCUCGUUUUCAAGCACUUCCGGCAGUCCAAGGGUUAGUAUUGAUGGGCAAGACAUCAGGCAAAUGGAAUUCAAUGUGACGGAAGAGGGGGUAGCUCAUGUGACAAGAUCUGCUAGAAGGCGACAUUCACAAAACGAAAAAAAUAAACAGUCUGUGGAAAUUGUAUUAGCCCAGAAAAAAUAUGGAGUUAGUAGAAAAAAGUCAACUGAAACUGUUGAAAAUGACAGUAUUACUUCAACUGAGAGAAUUGCAUUAGCUACCCGUUCGAAUUUACGUACAGAUAAUAAGACUCUUGAGAAAUUGGGUGGAAAUAUUGAUAGUGUUGAUGUCGCUCAAUCCACUAGCUGUAGCAGUAGCAGUUCUGGGAGUAAAAUAGCAACUCGUUCUAAUGGAACACCACUUGAAAAACAAAUAAUGAAAACCAAAAAAGGAACAAAAACAAAAAUUGCAGUAAGCAAAGUCAAGGAGGUUGUUGAAACAGAGAGUGAGGCAAUUGAAGGAGAUGAACUCUCUGCUUGUUUGGCCGAGGCUGUUACAGCUCUUUCCGAUACUGAUGGAACGACCAAUCACUCUGGAAGUACGGCUGGCAACCGCAAGACUAAAGUACCCUUGAAUAUGGCCAAAUUGACUGAAAGAGCUAGAGUUGAUGAUUUAGAUCACAUAAAUAGUACUGAACUGAUUCUUAGACGGCAUGGCAAUCUUGUUCAAAUAGUAUUGACGCCAUCAUCAACUUUAUGGAAAAAUGGAAUAACCCUCCAGAUGAUGACCAAGCUCCGCGAAGUUUUAUUGCUACUGCGGAGGGACGAAAGGUGUCGUGUAGUUCUUGUAACGUCAACUGGUCCAAGUUUCUGCGAAGGAUUAGAUCUCUCAGAUCUGAUACAUGAAAAUAAGGAGGAGCGUCGAGUUCACGCAGAGCAAAUAGCCAAUGCAGUCAAAGAAUUGAUCAAAACAUUGGCUAAUUUCAACAAACCCAUAGCGGCAGGGAUUCAGGGAGCAGCUAUUGGAUUAGGUGUUACAAUGUUGCCAUUAUUCGAUCUUGUGAUCGCCAGUGAUAAAGCCACUUUUAGUACACCUUAUGGACAAUUGGGUCAAAUCCCUGAAGGUGCUGCUAUCCUCACCCUAUCUCAAUCUGUUGGGACUACUAUCACGAGCGAGCUUUUACUUGGCGGAAGAAUUUUGACGGCUAGUGAAGCGCUGAGAGCAGGACUAGUCACUCGAGUCUUAUGGCCAGACCGAUUUCAAGGAGAAUUAAUACCUUCCCUGCAAGCUAUGAGCGAGCAUUCCUCUCAGUCAAUGGAAGCAACGAAAACACUGCUGCGUCAUAGUCUACGCAAAAAGUUGGAUGCAGCUCUGGAAUCUGAAAGUUAUUUGUUGAUACAACAUUGGUGUUCGGCGGAGUGUCAAACGUUGAUAAAAAAUUAUAUAGACAAUGUAAUUGGUAGAGGAAACGCUCACUGAGUGCUGAGAAGUAUAUCAUAUAAUCAUGAUCAAUUAAUGAUGCUCGCAUAUAUUUAAAGAGAAAAUGAAUACACAGUCGAGAUUUAAUGUUGCCGUGUGCUACGAUGGGUACUGGUGGGUAUAUUAUACAAAAAGAAAAUACAUUAUGAAGUUUAAGGACAAAAGGCUGAAUUAAGGAAUAACUUUGAUGAUUAAAGAAAAUGCGGUUCAUAAAAUGAUUUGACUUUACGAAUACCUUAUGCAUUCAAUAACUGCAUCAAUUGUACUAUAAAAUCGUGUGAAAAAAUUAAAUCUAUUUCCAAUACCAUCAAAUGUUCAUACAGCGAAAAUAUUCCAUAUCAAUUUCAAAUCGAUAUCUAUCAGUAACACUGCAGUGACUAUUGGUGCGAGAAGUUAUUCCGAGUUCAAUUAUCAGUUGUAGGUACACACUUAGUUAUGGUAUAUCCAGAAAACCGUAUACAACCAAUGAUCGAUGGGGGACAUAUGUCUUUGAAUUUAAAAGUUAUUCUUUCUGAUGAUAUCCGUAAAAUUUCAGUUCUCCCAAAGAGAUACUGUUGUCUAGUAUAUAAUUAGUAUCAUGGGGAUAGUAAUGAUAAGUUUAGGAUAAUUAUAUUCUUUGGCGAUUGUUUUUUUUCUCUCUUCACAUCAUUCAAUAUAAGUCAUAAGAUUACACAACACCGUUAACAGUUCUGCUGGUAGCGCAUCAAUAUAGGUUUAUACAAAUUUAUUUCGUGUUUUAUUCCCUAACGUGCACUCGUUGAUAGUAGAUACUUUAUCAAAUUCUAUUUUUAAGAACGAUGUUUAUAAAAUGAAUUUCUAAUUUCCACACAUCAUUCUCCUAAAUAUAUAUUUCUAUAUACUUUGUAGCUGAUUACAUGAAUAGAUUUUUCUUACUUAUAGUAUUCAGGGACUUGUCCAUUCACUGCUUAAGAGGUACUCAACCAUUUCAUAGAAAAAAUCUAUUGAAAAACUCGCCAUGGUUUCAAAAACCAACGCGGCGAAUACCUAAAAACCCCGAAGAACUGUUCCGCAACUGAAUCAAUUAUAAAUUAUUUCGUUGAACUAGGUUCAACGAAAUUGACUUCGGAUCAACCGUUUCAAAGAAGCAGUUCUAUCAAUAGUUUAUCCGAUAAAACGACAACUUGAAUUGAAAUAAUUGCUGCUAUAAUGAGACCAGAUUCCCGCAGAUCAGAACGUCAAGUUUGAAACAAAAAUAUAUACCUAUGUACGUACACCAGACCUGUCCUCGCAUACUGAAAUACAGUCUCGCAUACUUUACCAUCGCCCAAUUGUCCCUUGGCGGAUAACAAUUCUGACGGUCGUGUGAGAUCACGUAAGCCACGUCGAUCAUUAAGUGAUUGAUCUACACACACUUACCGACUUGUGAAAAUGCAGUAGACGGUUCAAACACCAACCUCUUGGUAACAAAAAAUCGCACGAUAACGAGAAAAAAACAUUUCAAAGGGGAAGUUUCAAGCUACAAAACCCACAUUACGCCAUCCUUGUACAACUUUCUCCAAACACGAUGACUAUGAUACAAAAAAAGCAAACCGCAAAAUUUCUGCAUUCAUGGCUCCAGAGUUGUAAAAUUUCAGAAAAAACUGUGCACAAACCAAAUUCGGGAUAACGGUUUUGAAGUCGAAAUUUCAAGCUUCAAAACUCAAUCUUCUUUAUCGAAAUCCGCUCAUUUUCGACGAAGUUACACCCGUUUGAAAAAGGGGUCUUUUUCAGGACGAAAUUCAGGUGAUCCUUUAAUUGUUGUGCGCAGUGUGUAUGCCAAGCUACAGAUUUUUUAGCUGAAAACUGGGCCAAUGGUAAAAAACCGGUUAGAAACCACGAAAAAUCGAUGCUUUUCUUAUGAGAAAAAGUAAGGCCUCAUAGGGGUGGGUAAAUAUUGGGAUAAAGAUUUGAAAAAAAUUGGAAACGCUAUCUAUAUUAUUUUGAACCGAUUUAGGGGGUGAACCCAUUGAUAUUCGAUUUUAACCUUUUUAAGAACAGGUCCAAUGUACACCUAUGUCCACAAGGAAAAUAAUUUUGCCACGUCGAAAAAUGAAGCGGAUAACAAUAGCGUGCCUACACGUUUCUUCAAGUAUACAAAUCAGUUAAUCUUCGAUAACUCAGAUAGUUUAGAACGUCAGAGUUCUUGGCGGGCAUUGUUAAAGCGUAUAUUGAACCUAGUCAACGAAUAAUGGCCAUGAUCCGCAAUGCACCGGCGUACCCAGCCGAUUUUUCAUACUGAAUGAAUAGAAAUUUCAAACGGUCGACGAACCGGUGCACCACCACACCGAUUAUUUCCCUCAAGGUUAACAAUUUGACUGUAAAAAUUGACUCGCUUGAAAUGAUGUAUCCGGUACAGCGUUGAGAACACUGGUUUUGAGAAUACCUGGGUUGGUCGUGCGUCCAUGUAAAUUGAGAAGCUGAUAAUGUCAGAAAUUACCUGUUCUUCAAGGCCAAGCACGGCUUGAUCCAGGACAUUAAUUUGUCAAGUUUUUCCGCCCAUCAUGGCUUCUAUAAAAGUAGCGACCCGCCGAAACCGCUUCACAUUUGCUCAUCUGCAACCGCAUUUUAAAGCUGUGUACGUACUAGCACAAUCUGUGCUAUUCCCUAACUACCAUUCCACAUGUUAUAUCAGUUGAUCCUGGCCGCUCUUGCGUCUGUUGUCGCAUCUCAAUUCGAUCCAACCGAUCCAGGAUUAAUCGUAGAGACGUUCACUUCUGCGCCUGUAAUUUGGCAGAAAACUUUCUCCGAAGCAGCUCAGGGUACGCAAACUGGUCCAUUGCCUCGAGAUCUCCCUAUCGAUGGGUUAGUCGCAUCUGCUUUCGGCAAGAUUUCUCCCGGAUUCAACGAUGCGUUUCCAACAUUCAUGAGACGGUGGUGGUACGCUUAUCAUAAUACGACGAUGAAUCGAACAAUGACAACGACCACCCUCUUUAAAACUCGCAAAUUUAUUACCACAUAUUACAGUAAUGGUACGGUAGUUAAAACAGAAGUAGACGGAAGAUAAUAAAGAAUUUUUGCAAUGAAAAUAUA